AUGGUUUGUAUCAAGUAUUUGCUGCUCCAUGUUUCCGAAUAUUUUGUCGAGCUUGUGGAAGAGUGCCAUUCUUUGGUUUUAGCUGGUGGCACACUUUCUCCUGUACUUUUGCAGUGUUUUAUUAGGUUCCAGCUGUUCAAUUAUCGCUAUCCAGAGUCUAAAUUUGUUCACUUUUCGUGCAAUCAUGUCAUUGAUGCCUCUAAACAGCUGCUUACUCUUCAAUUAUCGCACGGCCCAAGUUCAAAGACUUUAAAAUUCAUAUAUGAAUACAAGGAGGACCAUGAAAUGGCAAGUGAAUGCAUUUUAACUGCGUAG